AUGCAUCUUGUUUCAUCCACUAAGACUCUUAUUCAAAAAUUGAUAGAAGAUGGAUGGGAUGAAUUAGUUGAUGAGGUGAAAUCUUUUUGUGAACCUGUUAAUAUACCUGUGCCAGAUUUUAAUGCUCACUAUACUACAAAAAGAGGAAGAAGUCGUGGUCAACAAGAUGCAAUUACAGUUGAGCAUUAUUACAGAGUUGAUCUUUUCAAUGCAGUGAUAGACUUUCAACUACAAGAAUUAAACAACAAAUUCAAUGAUAGCACAGUGGAGUUACUCAUUCUUAGUUCAGCUUUAGAUCCAAGAGAGAUGCACAUAUCAUUCAGAAUUGAUGAUAUUUGCAAGUUGGUACAAAAAUUUUACCCAAAAGAUUUUACAGAAUACGAGAUGGUACAACUAAGGACACAAUUUGAACAUUUUGCUCAUGUACGAGAACUUUCUGAUUUUACUGUUUUAGCAACCAUUUCUGAUUCAUUUUCCACAGCUACCACAAAACGAUCUUUUUCAGCUAUGAAUAUAGUGAAGACUACACUUCACAACAAGAUAGAAGAUGAAUUUUUAAGUGAUUGUUUGCUCGUAUAUAUUGAAAGAGAAAUCGCCAAAAAAUUUAGUAUGGAUUCACUUAUCGAUGAUUUUCGUGAUAUGCAAGAAAGACGUUCUGUAUUUUAA